AUUGCAGUUAUCAGCAUGUCAAAACGGAGUAACACAGAUGAGGAAGGUGAGCCCAGCAAGAAGCCGAAGCCUGUUGGGGGAAACCGGUGUGUCUUGUAUGGGUGCAGCAACACUAUUCAUGAUGGCUUUGCCAUACAUGAACUACCGAAGGAAGGAUCCAUCAGGCGAGCAUGGGUGAAGUUCAUUCAACAAAGGUGUACGACAAGCUUCGAGAGGAAUGGCUGAGGACCAGACUGGUGAACGACAUUGGGAUGAUGUCCCCACAUGCCCAAACCAGCAAGGUUGAAUCAUUCCACAACAUCCUCCUUCACUUUUGCCCCAAGUUGCUUGUAUACUCAUAUCAAGGGAUGAAGUGCAGAUUAUAUUUGGCUGUCCUACAUUGGAACGAAAAUUGUGAUAGAGCCCAGGCUGUUGAUGCCGAAGGGAACCCAGUGUACAGGUUGAAGUAUCCACGCUCGAAGGAAGGAGGCCACACAGUGGAGAGAGUGCUGACAGCUGGCAUAUGUGGUAAGUAGCCACAUGUCUAGUGAAUGAUAUCAAUAUUCAACAAAAGAGCUCAAUUAUAUAUAGAAAUCUUUUAUUACUUCAUGAUCAAUAGAAUUCAAAUUAGUAGAUUCUUGUGGCCUAUAUGCCCUUAAUUUAAUCUGUUGAUUAAAUUGAUAAUUAUAAACAUGUAUUGGGUUACUUU